AUCAGCGAAAAAACACACUGCUCUCCAACACGGAUGUGGUUCGCAGGAGAAGGACGGCGCCGAUUGGUCGAGACCGGCGCUCCCGGUGACGUCAUACAGGAAGUUGUUUCCCCUCUCCCGGAUGGAGGAGCCGCCGCUGCCUGGAUCCGUCAGACGCGGAGCAGCAUCUUCUCCAACAACAACAACAACAACAACAGCAACACCGACACCGACACCGACACCGACCUCCCUGCUAAUCUUCCGAACUAUGACCAGAGCCGAGGAGCGAUCCACCGAACCGAUUCAGGGCUGGACCUUGUGGUGAUGAGCGGUGUGUGCCAUGCAGAGGAGACACAGCAGCAACACGGAUGGCAUGCCCUCAGAAAGGAGCCGAAGCCAAACACUGGGAUCAGAGAGCAGCCUCGAUGAGGGUGGUGUGUUCGACUGCCUGAAGCCUGACUCAGCCGCCUCACCCCAGCAGAUCUUCUCCGGCCUCGUGGGCGUCCCCUCCGGCUCCGUCUCCACUGCCCAGUUCCAGGCGGCCGGCUUAGUCCUGGGCUCGCCCCCGGAAGUCUUUAUCCAGAUGACCGCCUCGUCCAGAGAAGAAGGGGGCCCGCACCGCUCCGAGGGCGGACCCUUUCUCCCUCGGCCGCCGCAGCACCACCAUCACCUCAGCCACCACCACCACUUCCACCACCAGCCGCUGCAGCACAGGACGUCCUCUCUGCUCCAGCAGGCCACCGCCACUCCGGGCUUGGAGAGACACGGCUCCAGGGAGGAGUCCCAGGAAGACCCGUCCACCCCGGCCCCGGCACUGUCCGAGCUGAAGGCAGUCGUCACUUGGCUGCAGAGGGGUUUCCCCUUCAUCCUAAUUCUGCUGGCUAAAGUCUGCUUUCAGCAUAAGCUAGGUAUUGCUGUGUGCGUGGGGAUGGCCAGCACAUUCACCUACGCCAACUCCACAUUUAGGCACCAAGUGUCAUUACGGGAGGAACGUUCUGUAUUUGUUGCUCUUUGGAUCUUGACGUUCCUCGCGGGGAAUAUCUUCUAUGUCUACUACACAUUUAGUCACGAGGAGCUGCACAACAGCCUCAUAUUUGCCAAGCCCAACCUCGAGGGCUUCGACUUCUUUGACCUGAUUUGGGCAGUGGGCAUCACUGACUUUGUCCUGAAGUACUUCACCAUCGGCCUGAAAUGCUUUGUCCUCUUUCUGCCCAAGAUUCUCCUGGCGUUCAAAUCCAGGGGUAAGUUCUACCUGCUCAUUGAGGACCUGAGCCAGCUGUUCAGGGCACUGGUGCCCAUCCAGCUGUGGUACAAGUACAUCAUGGGAGAAGACCCCUCGAACAGCUACUUCCUGGGGGCCACACUCAUCAUCAUCUACAGCCUCUGCAAGUCCUUCGACAUCUGUGGACGCGUGUCGGCCAUAUGCAAGGCGUUGGUCGUGCUUUGCAGCUCCCAGAGUUAUGGAGUGAGGGCCGGCAGUCAGCAGUGCAGCGAGGCGGGGGACGUCUGCGCCAUUUGUCAGGCUGAUUUCAGAGAUCCCGUCGCCCUUCUCUGUCAGCAUGUGUUCUGCGAGGAGUGCCUGUGCUUGUGGUUCGACCGGGAGAGAACGUGUCCGCUGUGUCGCUCCACCGUCGUCGAGACCCUGCGCUGCUGGAAGGACGGCACCACCUCGGCUCACUUCCAGAUAUAUUGAGCUAUGGCGGCAUGACGACGUGCUCCCGGAGAGACGCAACUGUGCUUUAAUGCAAUUUGGGUGUCGUGUUUCUCCGUUUAUCUUAGUGCGGUUCUUCUUUGAAUCAGAUUCAUGCACAAUUGCGGGAGUACACAAUGGGCAAGGGGGUUUUAAUUUUUCGAGAACAUACUUAGGUCGCAUUAUUUUCAGUGUGGACAAGUUGAGCAUCAAAUGAAGCUGCUGGUUGGAGCCACAUGCUUAAACAUCAAGAUAAAGCUGCACUAUUGUCACUCAGUUAUGGCAAUCAUCUCAUGUUCGUGUACUUGUUGACGUAGCCACUGCUGCAAACUGAACAUCUAUUUUACAUUGUGCACAAGAUGAAAGAAUGUGAAUGUUUGAUUCAGUGCAGUAGCAAAGUUAAUGAUAACUAAUUUCUUGGAGGUAUUCUUUUUUUGCAUGUAUAGCUUCUCGAUUACUUGUUUUUAAAAAAAUAUAUAAUUAUGUUGUUAUUUUUUAUUUUAAGGUUUUCAAUAUUCCCUUAAAAAAAAACACCUAUUGAACAAAAGGAAAAUGUCUCGGAUUAGAUUAUGAGUAUAAAACAUUUCUUCAAACAUUUGUCUGUAGUUAACAACAAGAACAAAAAACGAUAAAGGUUUUUUUGAUAUCAAGUAAUGAACAUAGGGUGAUGUGUGACUCUUAGUUAUCCUGACUGUAAACUGUGCGUAUAAUGUGGUGCAGUUGACUUUCUAAACGUUUUCAUUUUAGCUCGUGUCUGAUCAUCGUCCAUGUUGCGAACUUCAUUUCGCAGGUUUUCUCUGUGAACAUUGUUGAUAUGAAUAAUUUCCUUUAGAACAAUUCUCUGUUCGCUUACAUAAUAUGACAAGGUUUUCAGUUUUAUUUAAUUAAAGCACUUUAGCUCAUUUA